AUGCGCACUCCCGCUCUACUUUUGCUAACUCGCGUCGCGUUUGCAUCCCCACUCCUUUUUACCGCGAAAAAGAAAGUUCACGAACACCCCGAACUCUGGUCUCCAGAGUUCUGGGAGAAGAUUGGCGUCUCAGCUGUGCUCGUUCUACUUGGAGGAGUCUUCGCUGGAUUAACCCUUGGCCUGAUGGGUCUUGACGAGUUACACCUUCGGGUUCUGGCCACGUCCUCAGAUGAUCCAGUCGAACAAACCAACGCGAAGAAAGUCCUCAAGCUGAUGGAACAUGGCCGACAUUGGGUUCUAGUCGUGUUACUACUCAGCAAUGUCAUCAUCAACGAGUCUCUUCCUAUAUUUCUAGACAGUGCGGCAAGUCGACUGUUUUAUUCCCUCAUAGGAAGCCUUGACAUCUCGAACAAAGAUUGGUGGUGGCGUAGCAGCUGUGGCACUCUCUACGACUGCGAUUGUCAUCUUCGGAGAGUAUGUCUUGGUUCUUGCAGCGCAGCUUAUGUAACAUCAAUACCUCGCAGAAUCAUUCCACAGGCCUUGUCUGUGAGAUAUGGGCUGAAGAUUGGUGCAACAUGCGCCCCGUUUGUGUUGGCUGCAAUGUAUAUUCUUGCCCCAGUGGCUUAUCCAAUUGCUCGUCUUCUGGACUGGGUUUUGGGCGAGGGUGAAACACACACGUAUAAGAAAGCUGAACUAAAGAGCUUCUUACAGUUUCAUCGGACCGGUGAAGAGCCUCUGCAUGAUGAAGAGAUCACCAUUCUGAACGCGGUACUCGAGUUGGGGGGAAAGCGGGUGGAAACGAUAAUGACGCCGAUCAAGGAUGUUGUGACCCUUUCCGCGGAUGCUAUCUUGGACGAUAAACUCAUGGAGACGAUUCUUCUCAGUGGGUAUUCGCGCUUCCCAGUGCAUGAACCCGGUAAACCAGGGGCCUUUAUUGGAUUGCUAUUAAUAAAAAAGCUAUUGCGAUAUGAUCCUUCUCUUGCCCUUCCCGUCUCCAGCUUUUCGUUGUCUAUCUUGCCCGAGGCGCCACCCAGCAUAAGCUGCUUUCAAGCUCUUGACUACUUCCAAACCGGACGUGCACAUUUGCUGCUGAUCAGCCAGGCCCCGGGAAAGGUUAACGGUGCGAUUGGAGUAAUCACACUCGAAGAUAUCAUUGAAGAAAUUCUCUCAGAGGAGAUUAUCGACGAGACGGAUAGGUAUGAGGACAACGUGACCAAACACCGCGCCAGUCGUCUCGCCACUGCUGCAGUGAUGCGAGGUAUUGUUGAACGGCGAAACAGAGGCACGUCGCUUGCAUCUGAGCGCACACCGCUUAUGGAUACCGAGUCUUUGUCGAGGGGAACUAGUGUCACUCGGGGCGAACAAAGAAGUAUAUACGGAAGCUUGAGUUGA